AUGCGUACCCGGCAGAAACGCCUCAACUACCGAGUUCUGAAUGACGAGAGCGAUGGAGAGUCUUUGCCCGAGGAUCGAACUGACCAAUCAAGCGAACCAAGUGAGCCGCCGAGUAGUCUUACACGUACUCUCCCAGCCUGUCAAGAAGACGUGGAAGUCCUCGCCAACAUACCAGAUUGCGAGCUCCUACCUUCCUAG